AGGUGGAGGAGCUGUGGAUCGGCCUGAAUGACCUGAAGCUGCAGAUGAGCUUCGAGUGGUCUGACGGGAGCCUCGUGAGCUUCACGCACUGGCACCCCUUCGAGCCCAACAACUUCCGAGACAGCCUGGAGGACUGCGUCACCAUCUGGGGGCCGGAGGGUCGCUGGAACGACAGUCCCUGUAACCAGUCCUUGCCGUCUAUCUGCAAGAAGGCGGGCCAGCUGAGCCCGGGGGCCGCUGAGGACGACCACGGCUGCCGGAAGGGUUGGACGUGGCACAGCCCCUCCUGCUACUGGCUGGGCGAGGACCAGGUGGCCUACGCCGAGGCCCGGCGCUUGUGCACCGACCACAGCUCCCAGCUGGUCACCAUCACCAACAGGUACGGGAAGCGGGGCGGGGCAUGA